AUGGCCAUUUCCGACAUGGCACGAGUUAUCACGAAGGAAGAACUUGACCAUGAAACAAAACUCGCCCCGCCAUUUUCGAUGCCUGGUCUGCUCCCUGAUAUGAAGACGGUCCUCAAAUCCAGCGACAGAGUGCGUGAAGCAGAGGCCAACACCAUGAAGUUUGUAGCUGAGCACACAAGCAUCCCGGGCCCGGAAGUACACAACGUCUACCGAGAUGCCAAUUCCAGCCAUGUCUGCAUAGUCAUGGAGUAUAUUAAGGGCGACCGACUGGACAGCAUAAAGGGCGCGUUUAUCGGUACCGUCGACGGUUCUGGCUGCAACGACCCAAUCUUUUCGAUGAACGACGUGGACGACGGCCCCUAUGCCAACGAGGGCGCAUUCAAUGAUGCCCUGGCAAAAGUUUGGUCAGCCGAAGACGAAGACAGCCCGGUCACGCGUCUGCUUUGCAGAAUACAGCAUGCCGUUAUGCAUGACCACGACAUUGUGUUGACGCACAAGGACCUGAGCCCGAGAAACAUUCUGGUCCGCGGCGCCACCGUCGUCGCCAUUCUGGAUUGGGAGUUUUCUGGACUUUUCCCCGAAUACUGGGAGUACUGCAAGGCCCUUUGGUGUCCCGGGUGGAACAACGCGUGGAUCAAGGAGGGCGUUGAUAGAAUCCUUGACCCUUACUUGAUGGAAGUUGCCGUACUGCUCAAUACAUCCGCUUGGUGA